UAUUGAAACAGUUAGAGGUAAGUCUAAGGAUGCCUUCCUCGAAUUCUUUUUAAGAAUAUUCAUAUCUCGAAGGACAACAAAUGAAAUUGAAUAUGUGUUGUUUUGACAUUUGCGAUCAUAUCUUAUUAUAAAACGAGGAGAUGUGAUGUGAUGUGAUUCCCAAUGCGACUUCUAUCCACCAAAGUCCAGUGUUUCUCGAGAUUACUGCCAAAUUAUCGAGUUUAAUAACAGUUUAUCAACCAAAUAGGACUUCACUUAUUCAGGAUGGUCUCACUGGUGUGGAAAAAGUGAUGUUAUAUACGGAGAUGUUUGUUUAAACUCAAAUGUUAUUUGUAGGAAUAUAUAUACGAAUUAUUAUUGGGAAAUCCGUCAGAGACUAUAAACAGAAAACUGAAACGUGUCUACUGCAAACAAACAAAAAGUAUAUAGUGUGGAGUACUAUACGAAAAAGAAGUUCACCGUUUAGAUGGCCUAAGAGAGAUUUGGCUUAAUUGUUUCCAACUUUUCCAUGGAUUCCAAUGCUCUUCACUUUCACGAUAUGCGGAUAUCACGAUUAAAUUGAGCCACGUGUAGCAAGCUUCAAUGAGUAACUUAGAGAGUUUUGGCAGACUUCGUUUGCAAAAUUACAGCUUCGAUCCUUUUCAGGUUUUUGAGGUUUCCCACUAUCCAUGUACAAUACUAUAUAUAAAAGUGGUGAGAGGAUACAAUAUAACGAAAGGAUGGGCAGCAGAUCUAAUGGAUACACCGGAUCCGUUCGUAGCGUUAUAUAUCAAGACAUCUCCAAACUGUUUGCAGAAGACCAAGACUAUAGAUAACGAAGUGAAUCCAGUAUGGGAUGAGACAUUUCAAUUCUAUCUUGAUCCUAGAGAUAACAAUGAGCUUGAAAUUUCCUUAGUUGAUGCUAAUUAUACCAUAGACGAAACUAUUGGUAUGUGUAUCAUAAGCCUGAAGGAUCUACCAUAUACGGAUAAAGAAACAAAAACUUUACAAUUCAAUAAGACUUCAGAAGUCGACAUUGAAAUGUGGGCAGAAACAAGUUUCACGCCAGAUCUCAGAUUCAGUCUGACGUUAUGCGAAGAAGAGCGGGUCUUUUUAGCAAAAAGAAAACGAGUAAUUUUUGAGAGCAUGAAAAAACAGUUGGGUUCAGAUGCACCGAAAUCAUCGAGAGAGGUACCGAUAAUUGGAGUGCUAGGAUCUGGAGGUGGUUUUAGAGCAAUGACAGCAUAUAGUGGAGUUUUUUCCGCUUUAGUUGACAGUCAUAUACUAGAUAUGGCAACAUACGUGUGUGGACUUUCAGGGUCAGCAUGGUAUUUAUCUCAACUGUACUCAAAUCCAGAAUGGCCAAAGAAAUCUCCAAAAGAAUUACAGCCACAGUUAAGAGACAAUAUAGAUUCUAGUCCUUUCCUGUUGUUGGGACCACGGAGCAUGUACAAAUAUGUUAGUAAUAUUAUAGAAAAACGACGCCAAGGUCAACCCGUCAGUUUCACUGAUUUCUUUGGACACCUUGUUGGUGAAACUUUGCUGCAUGAGAGAAUGAAUGCCAAACUUACAGACCAGAAAGAUAUAAUAGAAACAGGAGAGGUGCCAUUUCCAUUAUACACAUGUUUACAUGUAAAAAGACAAGUCUCUGCUAUGAUUUUCCAUGAAUGGAUGGAAUUUUCCCCUUAUGAAAUUGGUUUACCGAAAUAUGGAACAUUUAUGAAAACUGAACAUUUUGGUAGUAAAUAUUUCAUGGGACAACUAGUACGAAAACAUCCAGAGCCUCCAUUACAUUUCCUACAAGGUAUAUGGGGAAGUGCAUUUUGUAUUCAACUAAAACGACUCCUGAAAGAUGACAAGAAAGUAAUGAAUGAAUGUCAUUCAUCUUUUGAUGAAAGGGAAGAAAUGGAGAAAGAGCUUUUAGACGAUAUGGGAAAUCAAACUGAUGAAGAUAGUGAAUCAAGCGAAAGUGAGGAUGAUACCGAUGACAAGAAACAGAAUGAUAAAAGAAAGAAUAAAGCAGCAAAGAAAGAGAAUAAAAACGAUAAAAAGGAUCAUUCGUUUUGGAAAAGUGUUCUUGGGACCUUAUUUGAUGCUAAUUCGUGGAUAAAUUCUAUAGAAGGAAGAGCUGCAAAAGUACACAGCUUUAUGAGAGGAUUAUCCCUGUAUAAAGUUUAUCCCUUCUCACCAUUUACAUCUAUAAAUGAAGAGACCGCAGAUCAGUUUGAUGGUAUUUUUGAACUAUUUCCAACCACAAUGAAAAAGCUGUACGUUGUUGAUGGAGGACUGACAUUCAAUUCACCAUAUCCGUUGUUACUUAGGCCACAAAGACAAGUGGAUCUUAUCUUGUCGUUUGACUUUAGUGCAAGACCUACUGAUGAGACACCACCAUUUAAGGAAAUCAAGAUUGCAGAAUACUGGGCUCAAAAGAACAAUGUACCGUUUCCACCAAUAGACGUGAACAUAAUGGAAAAGGAAGGAGUAAAAGAGUGUUAUGUGUUUGAAGAUCGGAAAGAUCCGAAAUGUCCUACCAUCUUACAUUUUGUUUUGGCAAACAUAAAUUUCAGGAAUGAGAUGCAACCAGAUGUACCAAGACAAACAGAUGAAGAAAAAGAGUUUGGUGAUUUCCAAUUAUUUGACGACCCAAACCGACCAUAUUCGACUUUCAAUUUUAAUUAUUCUCAUCUGGCGUUUGAAAGGAUAACCCAAUUAACGGAAUAUAAUACUCUGCGCUUUAAAAAUUUAAUAAUGGAAAAGGUUCGAGAAUGCGUGAGAAAAUAUCAGGAUUCAUCAAUUCGUAGACCAAUUAAACUACAAGAUAUUAAGAAAUUAAGAUUAGGAGCAAAGGAUAAAGAGGAUAGAUUGAAACAGUUUGUCGAGUCUUUUGAUACCCCUGAUUCAUGAUUGAUAAACUGACUGCAGUUUUUGAACAUUGAUUGCAAGCACAAGAAGAUAGUUAGUUGCUUAUGUUGGUUUCUUUAUAACGACAUAAACACGAAAUCUUAUGAUCGUGGGUAGAAGAAAGUUGUAUUUACUUACAACAUGCUACAGCUAGUACAUAUACCGGGGACCUGAAAAUUAACAGUGUGGUUUAUAUAAGAACUGAAGAUCAUAUUUUAUGUUCAGACGUACCUUGAAAUGUUCUACAGACGUUAAACAAACGAUUGAACAUGGUGACAAUUUGAACAGUUUGAAAUACAUUAGAAAUAGUUAUUUUUAUUUUUACAUAUCUACGUUUUGUUUUCGUUACCCAUAAUAUUUAUUUUUUACAUGUCUACAUUUUAUUUUCGUUACCCAUAUCAUUGUUGAUGUUUAGUCAACUUGUUAUUAGAAACCGACUCAAUCCCGAAGAGAUGUCAUUGAUAGACUUGUUUUUGUUAAUCAUAGUUUUUCUUCAUUGUUUCGUCUAAAUCGAUGUUUUGCAUUCCACUUGUUUUAGUAGUUAGUCGAAAAAAUUUAUACCUGUUUAAAGGUAAAUUCAUUUUAUAAGUUUUUCUUAUAUUUAUUUAAUUGUUAUCGUCUUUUUUGUAAUAAAUUUAUCUAAAAAUA